AUGCCACGCAAACGUACUGGCAAGAAGCCACAAGAUGACGUCGAGCUAACAGAUGUGGACUCAGACUCAGACGUGGACCUACAGCUGGUUCGACUACCACAUGGACUACCACUGGACGAUCCGCCACCAUGCUUACCUGUGAGCAGCCAACUGGAAGUUGAACAGGUAUGUCAGCGGCAUCUCAACAACGGAUAUAUUCCUAUGUCGGUGUUUCUAUGGCUAAUGCAGAAGUUGCCGUCAGAGCUCCUUCGCGCCUCCGCACUCACACGUCGCGGCGCACCAACUAUGGUCUUUUCUUCCGGCGCCUACUGCCACGCCGGGUCAGUUGGAAUUCGGAGCAACACCAGGAAGUACCCCUGGACAUCGGCUCUUCUUGCUCACAUGGUUCGAGCAUGCACGCACACCAACUUCUCCACCGUCUCGCUGCUGCACAACGUGAACAUGGCUGCCCACGUGGACAAGUACAACCAACCAGGCUCCACCAACGUGCUCGUGCCGCUAUCGCCAUUCCGUCGCGGGGAACUUUGGCUCCUAGAAGAACACGGUUUGGAGUUUGACCCCCUCACCAAGCACGCAACGUGCCCGUGGAAGGACGUCACGAAUGACGAAUAUAAUCACUCCAUCAGAGUCAAGUCGAUGGCCCUCGCAGACGCACACAGCUUGGCAUGCGACAUGGCCAUCCAGCACACCGAGAUCACCGCUUAUUCCCUCUUAGAAGUAACGCAUGACCUCCGCAUGCUCGUGCACCUCGCGCAAACCAUCCUCACGUCAACCAGCACAGAGUGCAAGAUCCAGUCCAACGCCCCCCGGCACAAGCGCGCUGGCCGGGCCGUUGAUGGCAACCACGCGGAGACACCGAUCGACAUCAAGAUGUACUUGUUCAACAAGCGCAUGCACACUUGGUAUCACCAUGAGCUUUCUUACCAGCAGUACAUGGACCUUCAGGUGCGUGAGCUUCUUUCGUUCGACUACUCCGAUGAGGGCGACACUUAUGCUGCGCAACAAGUAUUGUCCAAUGCCACCCUCUUAAAAGCCAUCCUCAAAUUCCACACGGAGAUCCGAGUCAGGAUGGUGGCCGUCAGCCUCGCCAGGCACAACAAUCAAGCAGUGCAAAGCGCCAUUGAUGCUCUCGUGCAGCAACAUCCACAGGCUCAACACACGACGGUGAUUCGCGACUAUCGACCCCGUCACACUCUCAUCGAGAAGGUGGUCUCGCCGGACAUCGUUUACAGCCUGCUGCUCACGAGUCUCCAAGUGAGGUGUACAACUCGGGUGGCCACCAUGGACAGCAACUGCUACGCCAGCGGCGACUACUUCCAGCACGACUUCCACUACGAGGAAGAGGAAGAGAAGCCGUACCCCAUAGUAUGGAUGAGCUACACCGUGCUAUGGAUACCCCAUGCCAAUUAA